AUGGCGCUCACCUUCUUCUCUCCACAGGAGUGGGACCAGAUACUAUCCCCAGUGCUCCGGGCGGCACUUCCAAAGGCCGGUAUCUGCCGCAACUUUCCUUGUGCUAUGGUCUACGCCCCCAUUGCACUCCAGGGAGUGGGUGUCCCCCAUCCGUACGGCCUCCAAGUCAUCAAGCACUUAGACAUGCUCCUUCGCCAUCCGGCUAACCAGACCAAAACGGGCGCCUUCUUGGAGGCAGUCCUUCAGGCACAUCAGCUGGAGACCGGUACCUCCUAUGGCCUCUUCCAACAAGUCUAUUCCAACACCUCCAUCCUUGCUUCUGAUACGUGGGCCAAGCGGACCUAG